AUGGGAAUAAUUGGAGAGAAGUUAAACAUAGAUUUUGUUGUAUCAACUGGGGACAAUUUCUAUGAUAAUGGAUUGACUGGUGUGGAUGAUCCAGCUUUUGAGGAAUCUUUUACCCAUGUUUACACUGCUCCAAGCUUACAAAAAACGUGGUAUAAUGUUUUGGGGAACCAUGAUUACAGAGGUGAUGCUUUAGCACAAUUGAGUCCCAUUCUUAAGCAAAAGGAUAACAGGUGGAUUUGUUUAAGAUCUUAUAUUGUUAAUACAGAUGUGGCAGAAUUUUUCUUUGUAGAUACAACUCCAUUCCAAGAUAAGUAUUUCACAAAUCCUAAAGAUCAUACUUAUGACUGGAGAAACGUUUUGCCUCGAAAAGAUUAUCUCUCCGGUGUUUUGGAGGAUUUGGACACAGCAUUAAGGGAAUCAAGUGCAAAAUGGAAGAUAGUUGUUGGUCACCACACCAUUAAAAGUGCUGGACACCAUGGUAACACUGAGGAGCUUGAACUCCAGCUUCUUCCCAUCUUACAGGCAAACAAUGUUGACUUUUACCUGAAUGGACACGACCAUUGCUUGGAGCAUAUCAGCAGCUCAGAUAGUCCACUACAAUUCUUGACAAGUGGUGGGGGUUCAAAGUCAUGGAGGGGUGAUGUUAAUUGGUGGAACCCAAAUGAAAUGAAGUUCUAUUAUGAUGGACAAGGCUUUAUGGCUAUGCAAAUUACUCAAACAGAAGUUUGGAUCCAAUUCUUUGACAUUUUUGGCAACGUUUUGCAUAAAUGGAGUGCCUCAAAACCCCUCUUUUCCAUUAUGUAAACAGCUCCCAAAAAAAAAUGAUGGAAUUAAUUAAUUUGCUUCUGCUUACUUACAAGUUAAAUAUCCUAAUCAUUGAUGUAAUUGAAAAUUAGUGAAGCUUCUCGCCCAUAAUUAAUUUCCCUCUGGUUGUCUAAUUUAAUUUUAUGGGCGGAUGUAUUGUACCCAAUAUCUUCUAUUGUAAUAUUAAUCCAAGUUUAUAUUAAGUAUUCAUAUUUACCAACUC